CGGUUGCUUACAGCGCGAUGCCCACAGCGGCUCUGGUCACCGUCCGCUAUGGCCCCUACCGAGCCGCCGGCCUGCCCGUGCGGCACAGGACCAGCCGCCUGCAGGGCUUGCAAGCCACACUGAGUAGAGAUGGACACUCCCUGGUUUUGGAAAAGAUACCAGACUGGAACAUUGUAGAACUCAUAGUACAUGGGGAAACCAUUUUCCAGUGUAACAUUAAUGACUUGGACUUUGGCGGUGAUGGAAAAUUAGAUCCACUGUGUGAGGAAGCCAGACAAGCAGUGCUAAAUGCCUACUGAUCUGCUUCUCAUCUACUGGGCUGCAAUGAAGACCUAUGGAGUUGUCAGUGUUAGGAGGAAUGCCAGGACUUUCCAUGUAGUAUGUGGUCCCAUGUAAAGCCAGCCUGCUGGUCGCUAAGAUGGUGAGAUUGCGUUACGUGGGCUAGCAUCGGCCGGAGACGGUACGCAAGCUGAAAGUCGUUCCAACGAGAAAAAGCCAGGACCCAUCCUAAAACGGUUUCUAGUCUGUCCAUAGGGAAAUGAAGACUCUCCCUUCACACUAAUGAAAUAAUCAAACCAAACAGCUCAUAACAGCUCUCCACCCUGACCUACAGAGAGAGGGCUACAAUUACAAACAACCAAACCACAAUGUCUGCAGUAUUGAUCUGAAAGAAAAUAAUGAAACCCUAUCAAAUAACACAGUCACCACCCUCACUCCAGCCCUUACUAAUAAGGUUUGUUUGCCAGGAGCAUUUAAGAAUCCAUUCUUUAAUAAAUGGAAGAACCAGACCUGUGUUAAAUUAGAUGAGUGAACCUGAAACUUAAUCCUGGGAAAAAACUGGAAAAAAAACUUGCGUACCAAAGUUUGGGUUUUUUUUAAUAGGCUUCUUUCUUGCUAAAGAUGGGGCAGACCAUGAAAUACAAAAUGUGAAAUUUUAUUUUUAAAAACCUCAAUUCAAGCAUCCAACCUGAAAGAUAGCCUGUAUUUCCUCAUUCCCUUUAAUAAAAAUAAGACUCUGAAAGAGAAAA